AUGCUGAAAUUCCAAGAGACUGCUAAGUUUGUGAGUGUACCAGCAGCAGUGCCCACUUAUCCGAGGACCUUGAUGGCAGGAAGAUAUGUGCUUCACCAGAAACUUGGCAGUGGAAGUUUUGGGACUGUCUAUCUGGUUUCUGACAGGAAAGCUAAACAAGGAGAGGAAUUAAAGGUACUGAAGGAAAUCUCUGUCGGAGAACUCAAACCAAAUGAAACAGUGCAGGCUAAUUUGGAAGCCCAGCUCCUGUCCAAGCUGGACCACCCAGCCAUUGUCAAGUUCCAUGCCAGCUUUGUGGAGCAAGAUCAUUUCUGCAUCAUCACAGAGUACUGUGAGGGCCGAGAUCUGGACUUUAAAAUUCAGGAAUAUAAAGAAGCUGGAAAAACGUUUCCAGAAAAUCAAAUAGUAGAAUGGUUUAUCCAGCUGUUACUGGGAGUUGACUACAUGCACGAGAGGCGGGUACUCCAUCGAGACUUGAAAUCAAAGAAUAUAUUUCUGAAAAACAAUCUACUUAAAAUUGGGGAUUUUGGAGUUUCUCGACUGCUAAUGGGAUCCUGUGAUCUGGCCACAACUUUAACUGGAACUCCCCAUUACAUGAGUCCUGAGGCUCUGAAACACCAAGGCUACGACACAAAGUCAGACAUAUGGUCAUUGGCAUGCAUUUUAUAUGAGAUGUGCUGCAUGAAUCAUGCAUUCACAGGCUCCAAUUUCUUAUCCAUCGUUUUGAAAAUUGUUGAAGGCAACACACCUUCUCUCCCUGAGAGAUACCCAAGGGAACUAAAUGCCAUCAUGGAAAGCAUGUUGAACAAGAGUCCCGCAUUGAGACCAUCUGCUAUAGAGAUCUUAAAAGUCCCUUACAUUGAUGAACAACUACAGCACCUGAUGUGUAGAUAUUCGGAAAUGACUCUGGAAGACAAGAAUUUGAAUUGUCAGAAGGAGGCUGCUCAUAUAAUUAAUGCCGUGAAACAAAAGGUCCACCUGCAGACUCUGCAGGCGCUGUCGGAAGUGCAGAGCAUGACGCCGAGAGAAAGGAUGAGACUGAGGAAGCUCCAGGCCUCAGAUGAGAAGGCCAGGAAGCUGAAAAAGCUUGUAGAAGAAAAAUACAAAGAGAAUAACAAACGGAUGCAAGAGUUGCGAUCUCAGAACUUUCAGCAACCAUGUGUUAAUGUACUCCAUGUAAAAACACAUUUAAUAGGGACAGACAAAAAGGAGGCACAACCUGAGGGAAGGCUUUCUUGUUCACCCCAGGAAGAGGAUGAAGAGAAGAGACCAGGCAGGGAAGAGGAAUUGGAUGAACCAACUUCAAAGACUCUACUUGAGUCUCAGCUCCUUCCUUCCCUGAACCUGGUGGAACUUGAACCCCGUGUAGAGGACAACACAGCUGACCUUGGAGAGCAUGAGAUCCCAGAAGACCCACUUGUGGCUGAAGAAUAUUAUGCUGAUGCAUUUGACUCCUGUUCUGAAGAGAGCGAGGAAGAAGAGGAAAAAAGACUGCUGUCAGGAUCGGAAGAAGAGGUGAAAGAUGAGGAGCUCCCACCCACCAGCAGAACAAACCAGCAGGACAGUGAUAUUGAAGCACUUGUCAAGUGUUUGGAAAAUGUCUUGGGUUGCACCUCUCUGGGCACCAGGACCAUCACCAGCACGGUUCCAGACAUGCCCCAAGGACUCACAAGUUUCAACAGUGCGAUGGCCGGGACCAAGAUGAAGCGCAUGAGGGAAUCAGCUAUGCAGAAACUGGGAUUAGAAGUGUUUGAAGAAGUCUACAAUUACCUCAAGAGAGCAAGGCAGCAGCAUGCCAGCGAGGCAGAGAUCCGGGAGUCUCUGGAAAAGGUGGUACCUCGGGCCAGCGACUGUUUUGAGGUUGACCAGCUCCUUUACUUUGAGGAACAGUUGCUCAUCACAAUGGGAGAAGGGUCCACACUCGAGAACCUUUGCUAA